AUGUCCAGUCAGCUGAACUACUCAAAGUCGUCAUUACAGGACAACGAUUUCGAUGUGACCAUCUGUUCUCCCAGAGUCUUCUCUUCCGCCUACGUACAUAACACGUAUAUUAUCCUUGGAUCGGUUGAACGAUUUCGAAUUUUGGGCACAGAUGUAGACGUCCGGUUUGUUGCCGUUAAAUCAAAAAUUGGUUUAGCUUGUGCCGAGGGAUCUUCGGACCUGUCUGCGGUUGCCCCUGACGAUAAACCUACCGAUAACGUAGAUUCCAGGAAGUUUGACGAAAUAGAAUCUGUUACAUUUUCGAACUUAAAUGAGAGUCCCGUUGUAUACAAGAUUUCGUCUACGACGGUCAUAGAAACCAUCAACGCUCAAUCAGGUGAUUCGGAAAGGCCAAGUCCGCCGCCUUCGGGUGCUGCCAUCCUACCCAUUGGUUUAGAACAGACUUGUCUCACGGUUAUUGACAUUUUACGUCAGUUCUCUUUCUCCUCUUGGAAAAAGCCCUGUCCGGAGCCUACAGGUCUCCUGCUCUACGGCCUACAAGGCUGUGGAAAAACGCGCUGUUUGUCAUCGCUGGCUACUCCAAACUGUGUGCUGAACACGUCUACCCAAGAUACCCUUGGAGCAUACGUGCGUUUUUCUAUCAGCUAA